AUGGACUCGCGGGUAUCGGAGCUGUUCGGCGGCUGCUGCCGGCCCGGAGGAGGCCCGGCCGUGGGCGGAACCCUUAAGGCAAGGGGGGCCGGCGGCAGCAGCGGCUGCGGGGGCCCGAAGGGGAAAAAGAAGAACGGAAGGAACAGAGGAGGCAAAGCCAACAACCCUCCGUACCUGCCCCCCGAGGCUGAAGAUGGAAACAUCGAAUAUAAACUGAAGCUGGUGAAUCCAUCCCAGUACCGCUUUGAGCACCUGGUGACACAGAUGAAGUGGCGGCUCCAGGAGGGCCGCGGUGAGGCUGUCUACCAGAUUGGGGUAGAGGACAAUGGGCUGCUGGUGGGGCUGGCCGAGGAGGAGAUGCGGGCAUCCCUCAAGACCCUACACCGGAUGGCAGAGAAGGUCGGGGCAGACAUCACUGUUCUCCGGGAGCGAGAAGUGGAUUAUGACAGCGACAUGCCCCGGAAGAUUACCGAGGUGCUGGUACGAAAGGUCCCUGACAACCAACAGUUCCUAGACCUCCGUGUGGCCGUCCUGGGCAAUGUGGACUCAGGGAAGUCGACUCUGCUUGGAGUCCUGACCCAGGGAGAGCUGGACAAUGGGCGGGGCCGGGCUCGACUCAACCUUUUCCGCCACCUGCAUGAGAUUCAGUCUGGCCGAACCUCCAGCAUCAGCUUCGAGAUCCUGGGCUUUAACAGCAAGGGAGAGGUGGUGAAUUACAGUGACUCACGGACGGCAGAAGAGAUCUGUGAAAGCAGCUCCAAGAUGAUCACCUUCAUCGACCUGGCAGGCCACCACAAGUACCUACACACCACCAUCUUUGGCCUCACCUCAUACUGCCCUGACUGCGCCCUGCUCCUCGUCAGUGCUAACACUGGGAUUGCUGGCACCACAAGGGAACAUCUGGGGCUAGCCCUGGCCCUGAAAGUGCCCUUCUUCAUCGUGGUCAGCAAGGUGGACCUGUGUGCCAAGACCACAGUGGAGAGGACGGUACGACAGCUAGAGCGGGUCCUCAAGCAGCCUGGCUGUCACAAGGUCCCCAUGCUGGUCACCUCCGAGGAUGAUGCUGUCACGGCUGCCCAACAGUUUGCCCAGUCACCCAAUGUCACUCCUAUCUUCACACUGUCCAGCGUGUCUGGAGAGAGUCUGGACCUGCUCAAAGUCUUUCUGAAUAUCUUGCCACCACUUACCAACAGCAAGGAGCAGGAGGAACUCAUGCAGCAGCUGACAGAGUUUCAGGUGGAUGAAAUCUACACAGUACCAGAGGUGGGGACUGUUGUUGGAGGAACACUUUCCAGUGGGAUUUGCCGUGAGGGAGACCAGCUGGUAGUGGGCCCCACGGACGAUGGCUGCUUCCUGGAGCUGAGAGUAUGCAGCAUCCAACGCAACCGCUCUGCCUGUCGUGUGCUGCGAGCUGGUCAGGCUGCUACGUUGGCCCUCGGGGACUUUGACCGUGCACUUCUUCGCAAGGGCAUGGUGAUGGUGAGCCCCGAGAUGAAUCCCACCAUCUGCUCAGUGUUCGAGGCAGAGAUAGUUCUACUGUUCCAUGCCACCACGUUCCGGCGAGGCUUCCAGGUGACAGUACAUGUGGGCAACGUACGUCAGACAGCAGUGGUGGAAAAGAUCCAUGCCAAGGACAAGCUGCGGACAGGGGAGAAGGCAGUGGUACGUUUCCGCUUCCUGAAACACCCAGAGUACCUGAAGGUGGGCGCCAAGCUGCUGUUCCGGGAGGGUGUCACCAAGGGCAUCGGCCAUGUCACUGAUGUGCAAGCCAUUGCAGCAGGAGAGGCCCAGGCCAACAUGGGCUUCUGA